GCUGGAUGCGGGUUAAACCGAGAAACGGGACUCACGCUGCUCAUAUUCGGCGAGCGCCGAGCGCACAUGCAUACAGCUGGAUGCUGGAUGCCGAAAACCCGACCUGCAGCUCCUCUGAACGCAUCCAGAGAGAGAAAAGCAGCCCAAACACAUCGGCAUACAGUGAAUGAGUGCGCCUUCUCAACUAAUGAGCAACUCAUGCAGAGGAGUGUGAGCGCGUCUGUGGAGAGCGCGUAUAGAUGAGAGCUAGAGGGCGGCGGCGCAUCGCUCCUCACCUCCGUUACCGCUCCACUCCUCCAGUCCCGGGACCUUCUCCUGAUUUCUCCGAAUUUGGGACGCGUAACGGCGUCGGUCCUCCGUUGAUCACAACAAAGCUUCUCCGUCACGGCUGAACCAAACCGAAGAGGGAACGAAUAUUCCGCGCUGAGGAGUUUCCAAACUCCGAAGUCAUGGGGAAAAACGGACGGCAGAGAUUUAGAUUGGGAUUAGUGCUUCUCUUUCUGUGGCUUCUGCUCCAAAUAGUUGACGCGCAAGGUGAUGAUGACUUCCUGUUGGGUUUGGGUGAGCUGCCGGAGACCUUCCCCAGCGACCCUCCAGAGCCCCUCCCACACUUCCUGCUAGAGCCGGAGGACGCUUACAUCAUCAAGAACAAAGCUGUCAAUCUCUACUGCACGGCCACACCUGCCGCUCAGAUCUACUUCAAAUGCAACGGCGAGUGGGUCCAUCAGAGAGAGCACACUAUAGAAGAGCGGGUGGACGAGACGUCGGGUUUGGUGGUGAGGGAAGCGCGGAUCGAGAUCUCCCGGCAGCAGGUGGAGGAGUUGUUUGGAUUGGAAGAUUACUGGUGCCAAUGUGUCGCCUGGAGCUCCGCAGGAACCACCAAGAGCCGCAAGGUGCACGUCCGCAUUGCAUUCUUGAGGAAGACGUUUGAGCAGGAACCCUUGGGGAAGGAGGUGUCACUCGAACAGGAAGUGCUGCUGCAGUGCCGCCCACCCGAGGGCAUACCGCCUGCUGAGGUGGAGUGGCUGAAGAACGAAGAGAUUAUCGAUCCUGCAGAUGAUCGGAAUUUCUAUAUCACUAUCGAUCAUAACCUGAUCAUCAAACAGGCGCGGCUUUCUGACACCGCUAACUACACCUGCGUCGCUAAGAACAUCGUUGCUAAAAGACGAAGCACAACGGCUACAGUCAUCGUCUAUGUGAACGGUGGCUGGUCCACAUGGACGGAGUGGUCGACCUGUAACACUCGAUGUGGGCGGGGCCUUCAGAAAAGAACCCGCAGCUGCACCAAUCCCGCACCUCUGAACGGAGGGUCGCCGUGUGACGGACAGGCCAUUCAAAAAAUCGCCUGCACCUCUGUUUGCACAGUUGACGGCGAGUGGGCCGACUGGAGCAAGUGGUCGGCGUGUAACACUGAGUGCACGCAGUGGAGAAAGAGAGAGUGUAACGCUCCUGCGCCUCAGAACGGAGGAAAGCAUUGUGACGGAGUCACACUACAGUCACAGAACUGCACUGAUGGACUCUGCCUACAAACUGCGCCUGGUGGAGAUGAGGUGGCGUUGUACGUGGGCAUCGUCAUGGCUGUGGUCAUGUGUCUGAUCGUCUCUGCUAUCGUGGCACUGCUUGUGUACCGCAAAACUCAUCGGCGCUUUCACUCCGACAUCAUCGACUCAUCUGUGCUGAAUGGAGGAUUCCAGCCUGUCAGCAUCAAACAAGCACGCUCAGCGGAUUUGCUGGCCGCAACCCCUGAUCUGUCUACAGCGGCGGCACUGUAUCGUGGUCCAGUGUAUGCCCUCCAUGACAUCUCAGACAAAAUCCCCAUGACCAGCUCCCCUCUCCUGGAGCCGUUGCCGCUUCCCAACCUCAAGAUCAAAGUCUACAACUCCUCUGGCACAGUGACCCCUCAGGACGACAUGACCUCUGACCUCUCUGCCACCCUGUCCCCGAAAGUCACCCACUCACUUCUAGACAGCGACCCCAUGACUCCACGCAACCAGACGCUAGCACGCACACGGGACCCCACGUGUACGGCGUUAGGGUCGUUUAACUCGCUGGGAGGUCAUCUGAUCAUACCCAACUCAGGUGUGAGUUUGUUGGUUCCAGCUGGUGCUAUUCCUCAAGGUCGUGUCUAUGAGAUGUUUGUGACGGUACAGAGGACAGAGAGCUUGAGGCCUGCGGUCGGUGACGGGGAGGCAGUCCUCAGCGCCGUGGUCACCUGCGGUCCGGCAGGUGCCCUGUUGACCCGUCCCGUCAUCCUCACUCUCCACCACUGCGCACACGCCCACUCUGACAACUGGCAAAUCAUCCUGAAGAGCCACACGCAGCAGGACCAAUGGGAGGACGUGGUCGUGGUUGGAGAGGAGAACUUCACUACUUCCUGUUACGUUCAACUGGGGGAGGAGGCGUGUCACGUCCUGACCGAGACUCUAGGAUCCUACUGUCUGAUUGGCCAGAGCGUCUGUCCAUCAGCGGCUAAGCGAAUCAAACUGGCCGUGUUUGGUCCUGUCGUUACAGCAGGUGUAGACUAUCACAUCAGAGUUUACUGCCUCGACGACACGCAGGACACACUCAAAGAGGUGCUGCAGAUAGAAAAACAGAUCGGUGGAAAACUGCUGGAUGAACCAAAGUCUCUGAACUUCAGUUACAGCAACCACAACCUGAGACUGUCAAUACAUGACAUUCACUCACAGUGGAAGAGCAAACUACUCACCAAAUACCAGGAGCUGUCUUUCUCUCAGGUGUGGAGUGGAUCGGUUCGGCGGCUGCAUUGCUCCUUUGCUCUGGAGCGUCAGAGUGUGAGCGUGUGUGAGUUGUGCUGUAAGCUCUGCGUCAGACAGGUGGAGGGAGAAGGUCAGAUCUUCCAGAUCUACACCACCCUGAGCGAGGACGUCCAGAGCAUCGACACGUCCCUGAUGGAUCCAGGCAGCAGCAUCACGGUUUUGGCAGGUCCGAGCGCGUUCAGGAUCCCGGUCAGCAUCAGAAGCAAACUGUGCAGCAGCCUGGACGUCCCGCACACGCGCGGAAACGACUGGAGAAUACUGGCACACAAACUCAACCUGGACAGGUAUCUCAACUACUUUGCGACUAAGACGAGUCCGACCGGAGUGAUUCUGGACCUGUGGGAAGCUCAGCACUUCCCACAUGGAAACCUCAACCAACUCGCCACCGUCCUGGAGGAGAUGGGUCGUCAUGACAACAGCAUCGCCGCCAUGGCCAAGGAACAGUGACCCUCGCAUUAGCGGUAACGACGCUGCUAACCAUGAUGUCCAGAUCCAGUCGUGUUGCCACUCUCACUGAGCUGAAACAGCGAUCAAAAGCCGUCUGUGUGCGGUUUCCAUGGAAAGGAACGGCGCUGCCGUCCAUGUACGUGGAUGCCGCCGAUUUGGGGUCAAAGGUCAAGCAGGAACAGGGUCGAGACACUUCAGGCUUGUACUAGACAACCAAAACACACCCAAACCCUCCCAGUUUGCACGCGCAGCUGAAAUCUCCCCCGUCAUCCUCUAGUCAUGGAUUUUACUGAAUUUUGUGGUGCCAUCUAGUGGUCACAGAAACAACAGACGCUGGUGUAAUAUAAUAUUUUGAGACAUGAAUACAGUAUUUAGUGUGAGUACCUUCAAGUGGCCUUUAAAAUCCAGUUAGCGUUCAGAUGCGAUUUGAAUUGUAUUAUUUUUGUAACGCAGGUAUCUGAAGACGUACGGUACAGUAAAUAGGUUUGUUUGUCGAACAAAAGUGCAGGUGAGCACUUGCCAGGGACUGGAGAAUAUUUGAUUUUCUGGAAUGCAAUGUUUUUUUUAUCACACUCUAAUGAAGAUGAUCUUUACUGGCCGGACUGAUGAAUUGACUGGUUGUGCAUGGGCUUUUCCUGUUGUGCAUCAUCAGUGUUUUGGAUUUAGAGUCAGGAUUUACAGUACACAUCUCGCUCUACUGGACACAUAUUUUAAGUACAUUUACCCCAAAUGAAAACUGACUAUAGCUUCUGCUGAAAUCUGACGGAUACUACAGUUAUUGGUACUACUGGCGUAUUGCAGUGGAUUCAUAUAAUUCUAUAGAUUUUUAAUUAUUUUAUAUAUUUUUUAAAUGACAGUGAAGGUUAAUAUUGUGUUAUUGUAGUAAGGUUAAAUCACAGCUUUAAGUUUUCCCUAUAGAUUUUCUAUCUAAAUAAAAGUACUAUCAUUUAACGUUUGAAAAACAAGAAAUUAAG